AUGGACGGCGAAACUUCCAGAGGACCACCGUCACAAUCCAGAGAUCGGCCCCCGCCCCCGCUCGAGUCGUCCUAUCGACUCACGGGAUCCGCAAGAGAUGAAGCGCUCAGGCUGCGCUCCCAUCCGGCCAUAGAGCAACGCUACUCUCGAUCCGAGAUGGACAAUCGUUUGCCAGCACAGACUCGAGGAGCAACUGGGUGGACCGAUUAUGGGCAUCCAACAGCAUCAGCCUCCUACACCACACACGCGGACUCGAUGCCGUCCAGUCGAUCGAGUUCGUCGUUUGCACGCGCAGGCGAUCACCGAGCUGCCCGAUCCGGACCCUAUCCCCCCUCGGACCUGCCUCGUCCGCCACGGGUCACCACCAGGCCGGACGAAUACUAUGGAGCUCCACAGCCCAGCAUGUCUUUGAAUCGAGAUGGCAGCAGCAGCACAUCGUCUCGCCAAUUCCACCGUCGACCGAGCCACUACGACGAUGACAUGCCUCCUGUCGACGGUCGCGGCAUGAGCAUGCCCGACUCACGUGAUCCUUACAGAUCACCCAAGCGGCUCUCGGGUGAUCCGAAGCUGCGCCUCGAUGGCUACGCCGAGCCUUCCUAUUAUCACAGCAGGCCUCCCAUGACUCACGCGGCCGAUCCCCGCUCAGACUAUGGCAUCUCACGAGUGCGGUCGCCUGGCGAGAUGCAGCCCGCCUAUCCCGUCGCUAGUCCGCCGCGCCGCGUCAGCAACGGAUCACCUCCUCCAUAUCCUCUCGGCCUUCCCGAUGCGAGCCUGCACCGCGAUAAGCGAGCGAGACUUGAUCUCUACUCGGAACGCGCCCAGCCAGCCACCGAGGCCAUGCUGCGCCCACCUCCUCUUCGCACCGCCUCAUCGUAUCGUUCCAUCGCUUCAGCCGCCUCCGCCUCAACCGGCUGGCACGAUCGUUCCGAUCUGCACGAGCGUCGCCCUCGCGAUGGCGCAGACGCAUCCUACCACGGCGACGGCGCCAGCAAGGGCGCCAGAAACGUCGAGUGGGCCUCCGUCGACAGAGCGCAUCCCACUCGACGCACCUCGGCCUUGUCCCAUCACACUCUGGAUGCCGGCACUACUGCAAGCAGCGAGGUGCCAUCCCUGCACAGCCAGUCCAGCAAGGUCAAGAGACGCAAACGCGCGGUUCUCAGCUGCACCGAAUGUAAGCAGCGCAAGAUCAAGUGCGAUCGAAACGUGCCCAACUGCGGAAGCUGCGUCCGUCGUGGAGUGGCGCACCUGUGUCGAUGGGGCGAUGAGCGCGAUUACCUGCCGGCAGCUCCAGCGAGUAACAUCACUCCUUCCAACGCUGCCUUGAUGGCCAGGAUCGCCCAGCUCGAGUCGCAGGUCCGCGUGCUGCAGUCGUCUCCCAAUUCACCGUCGGCAGUACACGGAGUCGCUGGGUCCGAACGCAGCUCAGGCCAACGCGGCGUAUCCAAGUAUGGCGCAUCCGAGUCUUCCAGUGGUCCGUCGUCCCGCUAUAGCGGCCAAUCAGGCAUCCAGAGGCCGCCGGAUUUUACCAGUCGGGACCGCAACGCUACCACGCGAGGCGAUGCCGUCGAUGGGCGCUAUGUAUACGAUGACGAGGAGGAAGAGGAAGAAGAGAGCGAGCAGAGCGACGAGAGCGUAGAAUCCGGCGCCGAGGAUGCGGGUGACCUCCUGCGCGCACUUGCAACAGGAACCUCGCUCAAGAACAACAGUCGACAGGGACCGUCUCGACGCGAACACACCGCGGCUCAGGAUGAGCACCAGGCUGACGGCGUUCAGCAAGAUGGCAAGAACGGUCUGUCUGCGGAGUUCAAGCGCGGAUCGCGGGCAGACAAUCGGCAAACUGAUGGUCGCGACGGUAAAACACCUUCAAGCAGUCUGCGCCGAAGGUCGCUCUUGCCAGAGGAGGACCUCGCAUCCGCAGCGAUGUUCAGCAUCUUCAGCACAGACGCAUCUAGCAGCAGAAAGGAAGCGCUCAGAUCAGGUCUGCUCGAAGCACUGGACUUGCUACCGCCUCGUCACAAGACAGAAGCGCUUAUCGACCAUUACCUUCGCGAGGCUGAAGCCGUCGUUGGCUCCUUCCACCGACCGUCUUUGCUCCGAGAACUCUCUGCCUUUUGGAGAGCGCUUGAUGACAUGAAAGAUGCAACAGCGCCAGCAUCCACGCCUUUGCCCGAUCUCCAAUUUGGAGCCUUGCUGCUCGCCAUGUGCGAAGCUGCGUGCGAGUUCAUGACCCCCGCCGAGGUGCUCGAUAGCGAGAUUUGCGAUUCUCGCACGUCCAUCAACGAUUGCCUCGCCAUGCUCGCCCGCUCCUGCCUGGCUCUGCUCGGCAUGGGCCAAUUCGUGCGGCGACCCAACAUCUGGGGUAUGCAAGCGGUGAUUGUGCUGCGUCACUACGCAUUCAAUCGCGAUCAUCGCGAGGAGUAUGCGGUGCUCUUUACCAUGGCCAUCAAAGCAGCUGAGUUCAUGGGCCUGCAUCGUCUAGGCUCGGCUCUCACAGAUGAGGAUCGUUGGGAGGACGAAAUGCGUGACCGCGCUCGUCUUCAGGCCAGUGGCAACGGCAAGGGUACAGGCUCAUCUACUUCUCAUCGAUGGAAGCUGCUCACCUCAACGCAGAUCACCGACGGUCAUGAGACCGAGUCUGACGGCGAGGACCUCGACCCGGAUCGAGACGAGAGGAAGGACAUGAAUGCCAUGUGGCUUCCCCGUGGCUCCAAAAGGAAGAAGUGGGAUGUGGCCGCGACCAAGCGCUACAAGGAGGGCAGUCGCGUCAGCCGAGAGCACGGCCGCAAGGUCUGGUUCGCUCUGGCCACCCUUGACUGGCUCUGCGCUUCCCACUUCGAUCGAGUCUAUCAUUGCAAAGACGAGAUGUUCACGACACAGAGUCCGCAGAACAUCGACGAUUCGGAUCUGACCGACAGUGACUCGACAACGUUCGAAGUCAACAGCGACCGCGCUCCUGGCCGACCUCCUCGCGUCAACAACAUCUUCCUCGACAAGAUCCGCGUCACCAGCAUCCCAACCACCAACAGCUACAUCCCGAUUCACAUCGAGAUUUGCCACACGGUGCGCAGCAUCUCGGACGCCUUGAACCAGGGCGAAGAGUCUUUCGACACGGUGCUUGCGAUCGAAGCUCGCUUCCGUGAGAUCUUGAGGUCGCUGCCGCGCUUCUACAAGCUCGACGGCGAGAGCGAGUAUGACCCGGAGAUCCACCGUCUGCACAAGGAGCGACCCUACCUCUCCACGCAGCGGGCCAUCAUCCACGAAAGCGUACACCACCGCUUGCUCAAACUGCACCGUCUCUACAUGAGUCGAGGAUACUGGAACGCCAAGUACAUCCAUUCGACCAGGACUUGCAUCGAAAGCGCACGGGUGGUCAUGGGCGUCCUGCGGGCUCUUGACAAUGCGGGCUGUCGCGGACAGCGAUACUGGAUCUUCAAGUUCCACAUCUUUCACGCAGUUCUGGCGUUGCAAGUCGAUCUGUUGUAUCUGGCCCGGCAGCCGGUCAAUCGCGAGAUCCUCGCCAAACGCGCCGACGUUGUAGCAGGGCUCAAGAUGCUGCACGCACGAACGGAUGUCGAAGGUCGCAACCCCAUGUUGGCCUCGUCGCUGAAGGUGAUCAAGGUGCUCCGAGAGGAAGAACAGGCGCGACGCAGCAAGAUCAGAACCAGUGCCGAAGCUUCGGCUGGCUCGGAGCCGAACAGUGUCAGCUCACCUGCUGGCAGCGCAGAGUCGCAGAAAAGAUCCAAGGCUCGCGAAUGGACCAGCGCUUCCGAGUCCACCGGCGACUUGGCAGACCACUUGGAACGCCGCGUCAGAGAGACCUGGUAUACGGUCGACGCGGACAAGCUGCGAGCCGUAGCGGAAGCCGCCAGCAGCCUCGCUGCCGACGCUCGCUCUCCUGUCAGCGAGCUUCCGACCCAAGCAUCUGCGAUGACGCCCACUUCCACAGAGGACGGCUCGUCUCUCCGAACCGCCGACGCCGUUACCUUAGCCCCGACUGCCGACGGCCGUGACACGGAGCUCGACGACUACCUUAAGCUCCUCUCCUCCUAUCAGAAUCCAGACGACGCCCCGGACGGCGCCCACUUUUUCGAUGUCCUGGAUGAUAUGGUGUUCGAAAACGGGUCGGCCAACAAGGUCAAGUUCAGCGGUCGCGCGGUCAAGCCGCCCCUGACGAGCACGAUCACGCCGCCACUGCCGCUGUUGAGGGGCGCCAACGAUCUCGCUGCCGCAGGGGCCGGGUUUGAUGCCUUCACCGCCGCGUGA